GAAGGGAAAUCUGGUAUUCUUCAAGGUGGCCUGAUAUGAAGAAGUCCCAUCUCCAGCCUCUUCAAGGUGCGCUGAGGCUGCCUUGUCCUUCAAGUGCAGGAGCUGGUUGCAGUAUCAGGAAUGGAAGCUAAUGUGACUAUCCCAAUCUGGCAGAACAAGCCACAUGGAGCUGCUCGAAGUGUAGUGAGAAGAAUUGGGACCAAUCUACCCCUGAAGCCAUGUCCCCGGGCAUCCUUUGAAACCCUGCCUAACAUCUCUGACCUGUGUUUGAGAGAUGUGCCCCCAGUCCCUACUCUGGCUGACAUUGCCUGGAUUGCUGCAGAUGAAGAGGAGACAUAUGCCCGGGUCAGGAGUGAUACACGCCCCCUGAGGCAUACCUGGAAGCCCAGCCCUCUGAUUGUCAUGCAACGCAAUGCCUCAGUGCCCAACCUGCGAGGGUCUGAGGAGAGACUUCUGGCCCUAAAGAAGCCAGCCUUGCCAGCCUUAAGCCGUACCACUGAGCUGCAGGAUGAGCUGAGCCACUUGCGCAGCCAGAUUGCCAAGAUAGUGGCAGCUGAUGCAGCCUCGACUUCAUUAACGCCAGAUUUCUUAUCUCCAGGAAGUUCAAAUGUCUCUUCUCCCUUACCUUGUUUUGGAUCCUCAUUCCACUCUACAACUUCCUUUGUCAUUAGUGACAUCACCGAGGAGACUGAGGUAGAGGUCCCUGAGCUUCCAUCAGUCCCCCUGCUUUGUUCUGCCAGCCCCGAGUGUUGUAAACCAGAACACAAAGCUACCUACAGUUCAUCAGAAGAGGAUGACUGCAUCUCUCUAUCCAAGGCCAGCAGCUUUGCAGACAUGAUGGGUAUCCUGAAAGACUUUCACCGGAUAAAACAGAGCCAAGAUCUGACCCGGAGUUUAAUGAAGGAAGAAGACCCUGCCGUGCUUAUCUCUGAGGUUUUAAGGAGGAAGUUCGCUCUAAAGGAAGAAGAUAUCAGUAGAAAAGGAAACUGACAGCAAUCCACCCUGCAAACUCAGUCUCAUGCUCCUGGAAUUCUUCAAUAGCUGCCUUCCUCACCGCAGGUGUUUCUGCCUCUCAGUUACGAAUAUUCUACAACAGUCUUGCUGAAAAGCUGAUGCUUGGAAAGAGAAGGAGCGGGAUUAUGUGUUUCCCAUACUUCAGACCUUAGCAGAAGCUAAGACCUGUGGUUUGAGCUGAGACAUUUGUUACAGGAAAUUGUGUAGGGCGGCUUAGUUUAUGGGAUAAGAUAGAUGUUUCUUGUAUUCUCUUGCCCCUGUGUGAAAAUAAGUCCUAAAUGAAUGACUGACUUCACUGCAUUAGAUCCCAUAAUUUGUCUCACCAAACACUUUGCCCAGCUGUCACUCACUCAGCAGCCUCCUUGUAGCAGAGCAGGGCUUUAGGGAAGGGGCUGUGUAUAUGUACGUGUUCACAAGGCAGGGAAGAUCUUAUGCUGCUCCAUCAUAAACCUACAGCAGUGUCCAGCUGUCACCUUUCCCUGUCUAGUUGUAGAGGUUGGGCCACCAGCCAGUAGUUGGGCUGCUACUGGGAGGCCUGGGUGGUUUUUUUCUGAAGCAUAUUUUAUAAUACUGUACAACCAAAUCUACCCUCCAAGGCCCUGGAGCCUCAUCAGUUCCACUGAUAAAAACUUUUUCCCAUGGACUUUUAAGUCCAAUAGGAGAGAAACAGGGAGGGGAAAGAACACGCCAUCCUUCUUCCAGGCCCUGGACUGACUUCUCCUCUGGGUGGGGCCAAGGUUUGCACCUACUGCAUCAUGCAUGACUCACAUGCCCUCGGUGGGCCCUUUCUCUGCGGUAUUGUAUACUGUGUGUGUUUGGGUUGAAAUACUACCUGGCAUUAAAUGAAGGAUUUGGAGAAA